AUGUCGACCGACCAGCCAGCGCUGCAUUCCAUCGACUCUGUCGACGUGACAGCAACCACGCCACCCCGAGGACGAAAACGACCGCUGCGAACCUAUAGUCGACGAUCAAUCCAAACGAGGGCCCAAGAAGAGGAAUCGCCGCAAGCGGGCGGGCGUCACCCGGCCAGCACUCCGGACGUGGAACGAGCAGAAACGCCGGUCCAGCUCCCCGUUCUGUCCGCGCAUCGACAUACGGAACAAGCGGAACAAGCGGAACAAGCGGGGCGUUCGAGUCGGGGAUCGAUCCUGGCGUACUUCAAGCCCCUCCCUCCGAGUUCCGAGACACCUAGCAUCGCAUCCUCCGACCCUGCGGAGCCUCUGUCGACACCACCAACUUCUCCAUCGUCGUCCCGCGCAAAGAAACGAAGAAGACUUACCACACGGCCCCAAUUCAGUGCGCUGGAACAACAGUCUGAUGCUGGAGACACUGUCGAUCUUGGCGAUGGCGAUGGCAAUGGCAAUGGCAAUGGCAAAAGGGAUGACGAAUCACCCGGGAAAGUGGCAACCGGGAAACAAUCUUGUCCAUCCCUUCCCGACUAUGACAAACCGCGACCGGCUCUGACCGAGGUGGCUGUCAACGCCUUGUGCCACCAAAACGAAACAACAAACUCUGUGACGGACGAAAGGCCGAGGACUAAGAAACGGCUCGAUAAACGACCGGCAAAAGACAUGACGCAAACGACCCUGAGUCUCUCCGUCCAUAAAGAGCCGGGAUUCACCAUGUGUAGCGUUUGCGACAUCUUGUACAACCCCCUGAAUGAAAAAGAUAGGAGAGAGCACAACCGCCCCUCGAGCCCCUGGGGUUUUAACAGUUGUCACUCUAUCGACUCGGCGCCCUACCUGUCAAGCAAAAUGGUACACCAACACGGCGAUCAGGUCGAAAUCCCAGACAAGCAUCGUGUCAAUAGACCCGGGUCAUGGCUGCCGGCCGACAACCGCGUUCAUCGGGAGUGGUUGGGCCGGACUAUCGAUCACAUCGACGAGCAUGGAGAGAAGGAGCUCAUCCCCGUGCUGCGCGAGUUCAAAAAUUUGAUUGAAGAGAACCCUCGCAUCUACAUGUACUUCACCGAGAUGUGGGAUGAAAUCCCAUCCAAACCGCCUUAUCAGAACGACCCUACAGGAGCGUCUCAGAUUCGCGACUACCACCACAUGCUGCAGGUCCUAAAUCAUGUAUUUGGGGACGCCCCAGAGUGGACGGAUGCGGCUGCUAGCGUAGGCAUGGUCGGGGUGCCCAUGGCGGCCAUCUUCGACUACGCCAUGGGUACUCCAAGUGGCCAUGCAGCCUUCUUGGACCCUGACGUAAAUCGCAUGUUAAAAAAGAUCCUCAACGAAUGGGGCAGGUACCUCAAGUCUCCGGAGUCCGCAAAGGUGCUUGCAGAUCACCGAGCGGGAUGGUUCGGCGAGGUGGGCUACAAGGACCUCAUGCAGGUAGCCAACGAGCCAAACAACACUCAUGGGACGGUAGGCUGUCAUACCCUGUCAACCCUACCGGCACGCCGCCGCUUUGCUGACAACGCCUCAGAUUUCUUCACCCGCAAAGUCCAGGAAUCGGCAAGGCAGGUGGCCGCCCCCGACAAUGACAACCUCAUCGUAAACCCGUGCGAGUCCAAGGUCUUCAACGUGACGCGCAACGCCAAGCUGCGCGACAAGUUCUGGGUCAAGGGGCAGCCGUACUCGGUGGUGGACAUGCUGGGCAACGACCCACUAUCGGCGCAGUUCGAGGGCGCGACGGUGUACCAGGCCUUCCUGUCGGCGCUGUCGUACCACCGGUGGCACGCGCCCGUGUCGGGCACGGUGGCGCACGCCUUCGUGCGCGACGGCACCUACUUCAGCGAGCCGCUGUUCGAGUCGCCGGUCGAGGGCGGCGACAUCGACACGGGCGGCAUCAGCGUCGCCCAGGGCUACCUCUCGGCCCUGGCCACCCGCGCCGUCAUCUUCUUGGAGGCCGACAACCCGGCCAUCGGCCUGGUGGCCUUCAUCGGCAUCGGCAUGGACGAGGUCAGCACAUGUGAGGUCACGGUGCGGGAGGGCCAGCACGUCAAGAAGGGCGACGAGAUUGGCAUGUUCCACUUUGGCGGCUCGUCGUUUUGCCUGCUGCUCCGCAAGGGGGUCAGCGUUGGCGGGUUUCCCGAGGUCGGGAGGAAGGAGAACGUGCCGGUGCGAGGAGCCCUGGCGGCUGUCGAGCCGUGA